AUGAGCUCAAGCAGUGAGGAAAGUGAUGUGCGUAGCGAUGCUGGUCCGUCAAGAGCUAAAAAGAAAUAUCGGCAACAAUUCCGUGAUGAAUGGCUUCAAUUACAAGACUACCGUAUUACAGUGAUCAAAUGCCUUUGCCAUUCUUUACAUUUGUGCGCUUCCGACGCUUGCAAAGAAUUGCCCCACGAUGCAGAAAAACUGACUCGAAUGAUAUACAAUUACUUCAAAAAUAGUAGCAAACGUCAAGCAGAGUUAAAGGAAUUUCAAGUAUUUACAGACACUAACAUACACAAAUUGCUACGUCCAGCCCAAACGCGUUGGUUGUCUCUUUCCAGUGUUGUGAACAGAAUUAUGGAGCAAUGGGACGCUUUGCGAUUGUACUUUGACGAUAAAUGGCUGGAAGACCAAGAUUGCCAAGCCAUUCAUAUUCUUUUGAAUGAUCACAUCAUCAAGGCAUAUUUUUAUUUUUUAUGUUGGAUGUUGCCAAAGUUUACCCGCGUCAAUGUAUAUUUUCAAAGCGAAGAUCCGGUUAUUAUAGAAGCCCAUAACAAAAUGAAAGAGCUAUACAGAGAACUCUUAUCCUUAUACAUAACUCCGAAUCAUUUAAAGAACACCCCACUCGACGCAAUUGACCCUACUGAUAGUCAACAUUACAUAAAUCUGAAAAAUAUAUACCUGGGAUUGGGUGUUGCUAAUCAAGUUGCUGUCCCAGAGCUACAUGUAAGUACCGAAGAAGUUACAGUGAUGAAACAGAAAUGCCUGAAUUUUAUCGUUAAAGCAUGCGUGGGUAUUCGGAAAAGAUACAGUUUGAAUGACCCAGUUUUGAGCUCAAUCGCAAAGUUGGAUCCCGAUUCUUGCUUAUCUGAUAAUAGACUACAGUCUUUGUCUUCGCUGUUCCCAGUGCUGCCAAGGCUUAAACCCCAAACUUUAAAUGAUCAACAGACGUUAGAUGAUGAAUGGAGAAAUUUAAUGUUGACUGCGGAUGAACAACAUUUGAAUACAAAUCAACCAGCAGACGUGUUUUGGCAUCAGUUGUCUCAAAUCAAAGAUAGCAACGGAGAUAAUAAAUAUCAUUUUCUGCCUCGUUUUAUGCUCCAAGUUUUAUCGUUGCCUCACUCGAACGCUGAGUGCGAACGAAAGUUUAGUGAAAUAAAUAAUAUAAAAACAAAGCAGAGAAACUGUUUAGUCACAAAUACCAUCAAAGGCAACAUGCUAGCUCAGCAAGCCAUUCGGCGGACUUCCGAAAAUUGCGUGAAUUUUAAUCCAACUAAGGAAAUGAUUUCAAGGAUGACAGCAAAGAUUUAUGAAAAUCAUGAGCAAAUUGUUCUGGAAUAA